ACCCUGCGCCGAGCGCCCGGCCCCAAAGUCUCUGCUGGAGCAGCGGGUUCAGUUGCUGCUGCGGCUGCGCCUGGCCUCCUCUGCCCCAGCCUCACAGCUGCCGCCAUGCCCGGAGGGCUUCUUCUCGGCGACGAGGCUCCCAACUUCGAGGCCAGCACCACGGUCGGCCGCAUCCGUUUCCACGACUUUCUGGGAGACUCAUGGGGCAUCCUCUUCUCCCACCCACGGGACUUCACCCCUGUGUGCACCACAGAGCUUGGCAGAGCAGCGAAGCUGGCACCAGAGUUUGCCAAGAGGAAUGUUAAGUUGAUUGCCCUUUCAAUAGACAGUGUUGAGGACCAUCUUGCCUGGAGCAAGGAUAUCAAUGCUUACAAUGGUAAUGAACCCACAGAAAAGUUACCUUUUCCCAUCAUUGAUGAUAAGAAUCGGGACCUUGCCAUCCUCUUGGGCAUGCUGGACCCAGCAGAGAAGGAUGAAAAGGGCAUGCCUGUGACAGCUCGUGUGGUAUUUGUGUUUGGUCCUGACAAGAAACUGAAACUGUCCAUCCUCUAUCCAGCUACCACUGGCAGAAACUUUGAUGAGAUUCUCAGAGUAGUUAUCUCUCUCCAGCUGACAGCGGAAAAGAGGGUUGCCACCCCUGUUGAUUGGAAGGAUGGAGAUAGUGUGAUGGUCCUUCCAACCAUCCCUGAAGAGGAAGCCAAAAAACUUUUCCCUAAAGGAGUCUUCACCAAAGAACUCCCAUCUGGCAAGAAAUACCUCCGCUACACUCCCCAGCCUUAGAUCUGAGACUCGCUCAGCAUAGUGAGCCCAAGGAUGCCAGCUGCCAAUCAUGUUUUCCCGCAGCAGUUCAGUAAGAACAUCCUGGUGUGAAAACAGCCAAGGUCUUUAGGUUACUAUACUACUGGCUUAUUAAAUGGAAGUGGCACUAAAAUUUUCUUGGGAUUCUUUACUCUGUGCCUUCACCAGCACUGUCCUGUUCAUUCAUCUCAUCACGCUGCUGCUGGCUAGCUCUCUUUUAAAUUUAUUCUGUAUUUGAAACUCAAAUUUUGUUGGAUCUCUGCAGGGUUUAUGAUGAACAAAAUAGUAUUUAUUGAUGGUUGAGGAAGCUUGCCUUGCUCCAGCAUGGAAUGACUCGAUUUUUGUAGCUGUCUUACUCACAUCUUCUCUUCAGUUCCUAUUUUGGAGAGCAACAGAACUUGAAAUUCACCUUCCUCUGUAAAUACCUAAGUAUGCAGCCCAGGAGCUCAGAGUAAUUCAGAUAUUCUUUAACAUUCAGUCUUUUGAUGAAAGCUGGAGAAGAGAACUUUUCAAUUCUAUAUCUUUGUAGUAGAUAACUAAAGUUGGGGGGGCUUAUAUUUUGCUAUACAAAAAUUUUGUGAUAAAUUUCUGUGAAAGGGCGAAGGCUGCAGAAAAGACUUCCUUUCCUGCCAGGGAGAUGCACCUGAAGGCGUGAGGAUAGGUACCAUGUGCCUUCCACCAAGUAUUGCCAUGUGUCAGGCUGCUCUGUGAAGAUAAGGGCAUGGGAGGGCACACCCCAUGAAAAGAGGACCGAGAAUGUUCUAGAACUAUUCUUGCAGUGGGUUGCGAUUUUCUGGAUUUUGCUUUUGGGAAUCAGUAAAUAAAAUCCUUUGUUGAAACUGAA